AAUUUGAUUUCUCUUCUUAUGCCACAUAAUAUAAAUAUUGGGUUUCUAUAAAAAAAAAAAAUUGUAUUACAGAAACAGAGAAGUUUAAUGGAGGGGUUAAUUCCAUAUCUGAUUCAUGCUAUCAAGAAAGACUAUAAGCCUGAUCAUCAGAGGUAUCGAUCGAUGUCUGUAGGAUCGAGCCGAAGCUAUCGACCAUUAAUGAUGGGACAAGAAGGUUCUUCUUCGAUGCAGGGAUCUUCUCACCGUCGAACUAGAUCAGACUACAAUCCACCUGCUAUAAUGGAUAAGUCUGAUCAGAGAUCAUCAGGUUUUGGUCAAGAAUUUGUGAAUAAAGAUUCUUCUUCUCAAAAUAUAGCAACAAAGACUUAGCUUGCAGAUAGUCGUUGAUUUUAUGUAAGAAAGAAAUUUAUGUCUGAUUUUCUAUUUAUAUUAUUCAAUUUGUAAUAAAUUUGAUACCUAUCAAUGAAAUUAA